UUGCUGUGGGCUAAAGUAGAUCGAUUGCAACCAUUGCUGGGUUGUGUAAGCAGGCUACAUCCACUGAUAUACCAUCGCAGCCGUGUGCGGUGGGACGACACCUGGGCAGAAGGCAUCGAGCCAUUGACUGCCGAUGAGACCCAUCAAUUUUUGCAUCACUCCGCCCGUAUUCGUUCAUUGUGCCUACCAUCUACUGAUCGCCUUUUCCCGCUCCUCUCAGUAAUCCCCAUCGAGCCAUGCGUCUUUCCGAGGCUGCAAUCGUUAGCUCUUUUCUCUAAUGCACGUAUGGGCUUAUUCCUGCCCCACACCCUACUUCCUGGUGCUGCUUUGAAGCACUUAUCCAUCAAAGCUUUCGACAAGAACACAGCAGAUCAGCUGUCCAUGCUGUCUGACCGCGUCCGUUUGUGCAAGCAGCUUGUAACUCUAUCUUGUCCAUCCCUCGACUGGGCAGCGUGGAAGCACCUCUCUGACCUCCCUACCUUGGUGGAAGUGAGAAUUCGUGAGGUGUGCGGCUAUGACGCCCCUCCUUUGCCGUUGGAUCGGCACAUCGUCGAUCUCCCACCAUUCCUUAAUCUAACGGCUCUUUCCUUCACGGUAGAGAGGGCUGCAUACGUGACCACAAUCUUGCAGCACUCACAAUUCCCCUCGUUGAAAACAUUCCGGAUCAUGAUCGAAGUGAUGUCUUCGACAGAGGCUGAGCAACUCUUUUGUGCGCUCUCCUGCUGCAAAAAAAACCUAGAACAACUCAUCGUCGUCUUGAACGAAUAUAACGACAUCCAACACAACUAUUUGAAAGCAAUCACACAUCUCCUUUGCUUCACACAACUCCGAUUUCUUCAGCUCGAUUGUCUUGAUUCUUGCAUCUAUCUUGACAAUAACCUUCUCUUGGAAGCCAUGGCAGCUUGGCCAUACAUCCAUACGCUGAAAAUAGAGGACUGCGGUAUUCGUCCUUGCGUCACAUUCCGCGGACUAUUCACCGCAAUCCACCAAUGUCCACAAUUGGAAUCACUCCGAGUGUUAAUUAACACCGUGAAUAUUGAUAUCGAUCCUGAUGCCAAGCCAACACAACAUACCUCCUUACGGACAUUGGACUUGGAAACACCCGAGUCUCCCAUAGGAAAUGCUGAGGUUCUCGCUCGCAUCAUCCUCAAUUGGCUGCCUUGCGUCGACCAAGUUAACAAAGUCGCGGAUGAUUGGGAGCCUUGGGAUGAAGUCAACGCAUAUCUCACAUCUUUGAGAGAUGUGCGGCGUGUUAUGGGAGAUGCCCCGAAUACCUGAUUUCAAUGGGAUAUGUUCAUGUUCGGGAUCGUCGUAGAGUUGCUACAAUCGUUCGCGCCAAUUCGUUCAUGUCAUUGUUGGUAUGGUUGCUUUUACCUAUGGUUGCAAUUGUUUUAUCCCUUCCGACCGUUAAAUUGCUUACACGGGUCUUCACGCCUUUCUGUAACACUAAAACAUCUUCACGUGUUAUGAUCUACGUAGUGCAGUGCUAUGUAAUUCGAAGUGUGAUGAUAUGAUGAUAGUAGAACUUACUGUAUACCUCUACACUAAAAAAACUCUGAGGGUGGAUCCUCCGCGGUUCAUCAGCGCUGAG